GAGUAUGUGAAGGCAUGAAAUUGACUCAACGCACCGCGAACGCCACGAUAGUUGAGUGCGUGACUUGUUAGAAGUUUUCGGCUGUAAAAUAUGGCGCGUUUUCACGCAUGUCCCUGGAAACACUUGUGAGUCGUUAUUCUAAGGCAAUGAAUCGAGUUCAUGCCAAGGCAGCUGGCAGCAGCGCCCCGAUCAACGGUUUUCAAACUUUGAAACGAGAAAAGCGUUAUUCAACACCGAAGGCGGUGCAAAAACGGGCAAAACAGCGGGAGCAAGCAACGAUAGCGGGAAAAGAGACGGGUGACAGAUUUUAAUUAGCCGUCAAAUAAUUGUGAUCCGUCAGUGAAAAUUGUCGUCGGUUAUCGCGGAUCGGUUCAACGCUGUCUACGACGUUCCUGUGGUUCUGGAAAGGUAAACAUGGUGCGGAAGAGGAAGCACAGCAGCGACGAGAGCGGCAUGCCGGCACCCCAACGACAAUUCCAACGCCUCACUCGAAAACAUCAGCGGACACUUAUCGACGAUGACAACGAGAAUGCGGAAGCUUCGCCGGCGGCGAUGUCGAACACGUCCUCAAAGACUAUGAAAACACCGUCAACCGCAUCGGGACGCAAUCGAAAAAGUGCCUUGCCAGAGAAAGCAGGCAACACUGCUGUGUCGACUAGAAGCCGUAGACGGAAGCCUACAAAAAGCUCGAGCGAUUCCGAUAGUGAGAACAAGGCUGAGUCGCCGAUUGGACAAUUGAAACUUGACAAAGUCAAUACUUUGCAAGAGUCGGAGAUAGCAAACCGUCCAUUAAGGUCGAGGUUGCGGAAAGAAAUGAAUGACAACAUUGGCGGAACAUCCGUAGCGGAAUUAAAACCACAGCAGCGUAACAUAACGGAUAGAAAAAAACGGGUAUUGACUGUGGCAGACAACAUGUUGACUGAAAAUUGGCUGGUUCCAAUAGAAACCCCUGUAAAGUUAACUAGGUUACAAGCGAAGACCUUUUCGACGAAAAAAAAACCUGAUCCUUGCUACCACAGUAAAUUGCCAGGGCAAAGUGACGAAAUUCAGGAUGCAGAUGAGAAUAAAAAUCGAGAGGAAUAUCGAAAAGUUAAAGAGACACCAAGGAAAUCGUUUUCGAAGGAACAGGAACAGAGUUUGCCGCUCAGCGUUGUCCCUAUCGACACAGUAACGCCUGAGAGCAGUCCGAUGUUAGUUACCUUGACACCGCACAGGUCUUCCAAAACGCCAAAAAAAUCCCCGCUCAACAUUGGCUCACCCAAGACGCACUCUUACUCACCGUUACGGCUUUCCAAGACACCGAGGAAGCUGCCGAUAACUGUCGAAUCGCCCGCAACUUCGGACAAGUCGAGUGCUUCCAUAGGACAAACUGUUCAAGAAACACAGACCACUCGUAUGCAAGUGGAUUGCAAUAAUCCGUUUGUCGCGCUGAUGGAUUUCAGAAAGGAACUGAGCGACCAACCUUCUGUGUCACCAAAAGUGUCAAAAAGUCGCAAAACCCCAGCCCCUAAAACGCCAUCCAAAAGGUUGCCCACUCCAGCUUCCAAAGUCCGUAAAUCUCCUGUGAAAACACCCGCCGCGUUGCAGAAAAGUGGUCUGCUGGUUAGAGGCAGAAUCUCAACACCGGUUAAUGUGAAACGAUCCAGCCUUGCCCAGCCGGAAAGUCCAAGGCGGCCAAAAUCCACCGCAAAAAAACGCUCGCCGAUAACGUCAUCUGGAACUCCACUGCGACCAAUUCCAGUAUCGAAGGAAGCGGCAGCCGCCAUUGCCACUUCGUCACCUUUCGGUGUCCCUCCAAACAAAAUUAAGGCUUUACUGGAGUUGGCUGAGACUUCCCCAACAACGACUCCUCGGAGUCGGAUAAGGCGCUCCUUGAAUCUUACUUCUGAUUUUAUAACGUUUUCUUCUGGCUCCACGAGCAGCCCCAUGAUAACGCCACAGAGAAUAUCUCAAGCUAUGGAAAACAAGAAGGAAUCCAGACCGAGCGAUGAUGAAUCCCUUGGACUAAUCGCUAUGAGCGAUGACAUGUUUGAUGAUAGUUCUAAAGCCAAGGAUGGCACCUACGAGUUAUCUGUGGAAUUGACUCUCAAACAGAAGGACAAAAACGCAGAGAAGAUCAGCGAAUCAGGAGAAAAGGAUGCAACAUAUGAACUGGCUGAGCCCAAGACGCCUAGUCUACAGAAGUCAAGAAAACGUUCGUUUUCUGCUAUGGAGCCAAGCAAUUGUACUCCAGAUGCAAAGAAACGCUGCCGUGUUCGUUUUGCCAGCCCAGCUCAGAAAACCAGCACCUCAUCGCCUGCCCUUGGUACCGGUUCAGUCAGAAAAUCUGUACCCACUGUACAGACGCCCGCCAGGCACAGGAUUGGAGUUGUCCAAUCGGCCCGGCGCUCUAGAGGCAGUGUUGGCAUGGAUAGUCAACACAGGAGAUCCCGGUCUCUGACCAAAGGAAAUGAGAUCAAUCAACAGCUGAGAAGCAGUAACAAGCGAAGGUCCAACUCAGCUUCAAAUUUAUUGAACAAAACUCCUAAAUUCAAUCAAACCAUUCAGGAUUCCAUUAACAGACUCAGUAGACCCCGGCAACCAGGUGUUUCUACGUCAAAAACAGAAGCUAAGGUACCUGCUCCUAGAAGAAUACCUAAUUUUGCACAAAUCCAUCAGAAGAAAUUUGCACAAAUGGAAUCUCUCGUCGAUGUCAAGGAACGUGUCGCCAAGAGGCACGUCGAGUUCAGUACGGCGUCUUCUGCUCGGACUUUCCAACCUCUUGUAUCGGACUUCCAACCACUGCCAAGCACACCAAAGCCUGCACCUACAACCCAGCAGAGUGAAGGCUACAACAGAUUCGGAUUCAAGUUAAGAAAAGUUGAAGCCCGGACAGCAAUCAAGAAGAAUCCUCCAUCAAGUGCUGUAAGGAAUAAAAAUAUCCAGGACAAAAAUCGAUCAAUUUUACAAGGGGUGCGAACCAAUCGGCGUUUUGAGCUUCAGAUGAAAUCGCGUAACUUACAUUAGUAGAGAAAUGAGUGUUAAUGAAAUCUAAGAAGAAGACGAAGGAAGAAAAAGGUGAUGAAAUGGGACCAACCAAAAAAAAAGAAGGAAAGAAGGAAAAAAUCUCAAACAAUUAUUGAGCAUGUAUUAUACUUAAAUAUUUUAUUGCUUAGACAGUAUGUACAGUAUGAAAUGGUUUUUAUUUGAGUUUUUUUAAUAUUAUUAUUGUUCAUAUUAUUAUACGGAAUUCCUUCAGCAUUAUAAGUGCGUUCAUGGAGUUCACUUGCGUUUUCAAAUCUGAAGUAGCGAUGGGAUUUUCUCUUUUCAAGUUACAAACUAUGGAAUUCUGUAUUUAUACUACAAUAUAAGUAAUACUCAAAUAAUUUAUAAACAGUUCGUCAAGUUCCAAACGUUUACUGUAUGCGGAAAGUAUUUUUUUAUUUCGGUUCUUUUUUAAACUACCGGACCUUGUCAGAAUAAAAGAGGUGAAUAGUUGCUUGUA